AUGGAUAAGUUUCGUAUGAUGUUCCAGUUCCUCCAAUCCAAUCAGGAGUCUUUUAUGAACGGGAUCUGCGGUAUCAUGGCACUGGCUAGUGCUCAGAUGUACUCUGCCUUUGAGUUCAGCUGCCCCUGCAUGCCAGAAUACAACUACACUUACGGGAUCGGACUGCUUAUUAUUCCCCCUAUUUGGUUCUUCCUGUUAGGCUUUGUAUUGAACAAUAAUGUGUCAGUGCUCGCCGAGGAGUGGAGGAGACCCACGGGGAGACGAACGAAGGAUCCAACAAUCCUGCGCUACAUGUUCUGUUCCAUCACACAGAGAUCUUUGAUAGCACCUGCAGUGUGGGUGUCUGUCACGCUCAUGGAUGGAAAGAGCUUCCUCUGUGCCUUCAGUAUCAACUUGGAUAUUGACAGAUUUGGGAAUUCCAGUCUUGUUAAAGGGAUGUCAGAGACAGAGAAGAUAAAACUGCUGGCGAGGAUUCCAUGCAAGGACCUGUUUGAGCAUCAGGAACUAAGAGUGGCAGCUUCGCGAUACAUCAAGUGUAUAUCACAGGCAUGUGGAUGGAUGUUUUUGCUCAUGAUGACCUUCACUGCCUUCCUGAUCCGAGCUAUUCGACCAUGCUUCACCCAGGCCGCCUUCCUCAAAACCAAGUACUGGUCUCAUUACAUUGACAUCGAGCGCAAGCUGUUCGAUGAGACCUGCAAGGAGCACGCCAAGAGCUUUGCCAAAGUUUGCAUCCACCAGUACUUCGAGAACAUCAGCGGAGAGAUGCAAAACUUCCAUCACCGACGCUCCAGCAGGGACGGGAGCGACGACGAAGGCGAGGACAAGAAAAGCGACGAAGAAAAGCUUCUGGGUAUCAGGGCCCAGAAUGACAUGAACAAGGUUUUGUGGAACUGGCACACCUGUAAGCCUGAGCUGGCUCUGAGAAAGGACCAAAUAGAUGGCAUAAACAAUGGCAAACUGAAUGGAAACAUCAACGGAGCAGUAAAUGGGUUUGCAAAGGGACACACCCAUGAAGUGGAGAAAAAGGAAUGGGCAGUGUAUUAUAGUAAGGUCUGACAAGUACAAAGAGAAAAACAAAAGCUCAGGCUGCAGACAAUCACUGUUUCGGAGUUGCAGAAAUUUCUUUGUUCUAGACACUAUUAUGUUGUAACAAUUAUUUGAUUGAGUUUAUUAGAAACUUUUAUUUUAGUACGCGAGGAAUUUUAUGAGCACAUAUAAAGUGUGCAAUAUGUAGUUUGAGUGAUGAUAUCUUAGCCCAGCUAAUAGCUAUAUGUACUAAUAUUUAAAUAUAAUGAAAUAGUAAAAAAAACAAAAAAAAAACACACACACAAAACAGACUGUCAACAUAUUUCUGGUUCAAAUACAGUUCAGCUAACUCAGCAGAUGUCUGGUCCUGGGUGCAGUCCAAAACCUGUUGUUUUUAUGUUUGUCUCAACUUUGUUUUAU